UAAAGAGAUUACACAUCGUUUCUAGAUUAUCGAGUCUCUAGGACUAGAUCUAGAUCUAUCAAGUCAAGAUAGAUAGUCUAGAUCAAUUAGUCUAUAUUUUGUAGAUUAUUACAGAGACAGAGAGAGUGUGUGUAAUAUGUAGGAUUGUAGGCUGCCCUCAUCUAGAUUGAAUAUUCUAGAAUAUAUAGAGCUAAUAUAUACUAUAAUAUAGUAUAGACUCUAUCAUAAUUUAUCUAGAUUUCUAAUCUAGAUCUAGUCACAAUCUAGUGAAGAGUGUUAAGAUUCUAAAUUGAGACUGUGUAAAAAGUAAUAUAGUCUACAUUUAUGAUGAGAGUUAAGAUCAUUCAGGUUUUCAGACAUUGGAAAAUUUGCAUUUGGUUGACAUUUGGUAUAGCAGUGGUUGUUUUGUUGGUGUUGAUCUACUGGCAUCCUGCUGUUCAUGCUUUUAAAUUUGUUUGGAGUCCAGAAUAUAGAGAAUGUGUUCUUCAAAGUCGCAAUUAUGAAUUGGAGGAAAAAUCAACACCUUUAUAUGUGACAUUAAAAUUUCAUGGAAGAUUAGGAAACUGGAUGUAUGGUUAUGCUUCCUUAUUAGGAAUAGCCAAAGCUAAUGGUUAUAUCCCUUAUUUACCCUCAAGUCAUCCCCUCGUCAGCUAUUUCCCACUUACAAAAAUAAGAUCUUCUAAUGCUGAAUGCUUACAAGUGGUCUAUGAUGAAAGGCCUUGUACCUACAAUCCACUCUUCUUUAAUUUACCUCCUGGUAAUAUUACCAUUGAUGGCUACUUACAGUCUUGGAAAUAUUUCCGUUUUAUGGAAGAAGAAAUUCGACAUGAGUUUAAACUACACACUCAUUUGAAAAUAAGUGCCAGGGACCAGCUUAAUGGUUAUGUUGGAAAAUACCUUAAAGAAGGUCACCUUGUUAUUAGUAUUCAUGUAAGGAGAGGAGAUGUGCUAACUGAAGGUGCUAAAAAAAUGGGCUUUCGUCAUGCGCCAGCUUCAUAUUUUCAAAGUGCUAUGAGUUAUAUGUUGGAAAGAUAUCCUAAUUCUGUUUUUUUUGUGACUUCUGAUGACAUUGAAUGGUGUAAGGAAAAUAUAAAAUCUCCAAGAAGUGUUCAUUCAAACCAAAUUAAAACUGCAGCACCAGUGGUAUUUUCUGAGAGCACACAUUUCUGGGAGGAUUUUGCAAUGCUUACCUUGUGCAAUCAUUCCAUUAUUUCAGUAGGUACAUUUGGUUGGUGGAGUGCAUGGUUAGCUAAUGGACAUGUUGUUUACUAUAAAGAUUAUUCUUUCCCAGGCAGCAAGUUGGACUAUGAAACAACAAGAGAAGACUUUUUCCCAACUCACUGGGUUAGUUUAUCAUCUGGGUUAUGCAGUAAAAAUAUAAAUACAUGUACCUUUUUUCUAAUUGCUGUUUCAGUUUUUCAACACAUGUUUGACCUAUAACAUACUAUUUCUUAAAUAACAAAGAAAAUGUGGUCUUGUACAGGUUUGAACCUUAUUUUACAUAACAGUUUUCUUUUGCUAAAUGUUGCCAUAAGUACUGUGAGCUGUACCAGUAAAUUAUAAUUGUUGUCUUAGAAUGAAAACUUUAUGGAGCUCUGCCUGAUUUGUUAACCACUGUGCAGUUCAUCUUAGAUAUAGUACUAGUUAACUGAAUCCCUAAACAUGAGAAUGAAGAAGAAGAGGAUGCUUGAAUUCUUAUUUACUUAUUAAGGAAUCUUAAUAAUGGAGCCCAGAAACUUGUAGGAAAAUAGAUCAUUGUGUGAAAUAUUUUAUUGUGGUGGGUUGUGGAAUUUAUUUGAAUAUUUUGGGAUCAAAUUUCAAAUGUAGUGAAUGGGUUGAAGUUGGUAAUUAUAUUAGACAUAGGGUAAAGACAAACUUUGUAAAAGAGAUCUUCCUGUGAUAUGCUACUAUUAUUGUGAUUAUUAGAGUCAUAUUUCUUUUUCAUAUUUAUUUUUAAACAUGUAAGAUUUUUUCCAAAUCUGCUGAAUCUAAGAUCAGAUAAUCAUUUUGUUUAUAUAAAGCUUCUGGUGCCAUAGGUAUUUAGCAAAACCUUUGUUUUUGUUGAAAAACAAAGAUGCUAAAUAAGUAAAAUAAGUUAUCAUCUUAAUAAAAUGUUAAAAUUUAUUUCUCCUGUAAUGAUCAUCAUCUCAUCAUCAUCUGUUCCUUGACUUUGGUCAUGAGGGUGCUGUGACAGUCUGCUUAAUCAAAUCUCUCCACUUUUCCCUGUCAGCAGCUGUUCUUAGCAGGAUAUCAUGAGAGAGGCCGGUCUAUCCUUUUUGUUAUCUAGCCAGCUGUUCUUUGGAGGACCCUUUUCUUCAUGCUCCCUUCACUGUUGAAGGAUGAUAUUUGACAGUGAGUUGUGUCUUACAAUAUGACCGAACACAACAGAUAAACUCAAAGAAAGUUCCCCUUUCAGACCUUGCGAUCUAUAGGGCAGAUAAUGUAAAGGUCAUCUGUUUCUGUGGCUCACAGUUAAUGAGGGUGUCAUGUGGCCAGCACAAUGACCAACUGGCUUUGCUUUUCCCAACUAAUGUCAGGUACCAAUUAGUGCUGGGUAGACUCAGAGGCAAAAUCCUGAAAUAAAAAUCCCAGAAUUCGAACCUUGGACCCCUGGUUUAGAAGGCAAGCACUUUACCACUUAGCCGCUGUGCCUCCAAGAUAAACUCAAACAUGCACAAUAUUUUGAAAUUUUCUUCCCUAAACAUACAAAAAAGUAGAUAGAUUAGUUAGAGCAUCUAGUCAAGCCUUAGUUACUACUAUCUGUACCAAUUCUUGAGUUCAAAGGAUGCUGGUUCUAAGUCAUUGAUUAUUAUUAUUUAUAUAAUGCUAGGAAUGUGGUUUAAUAUGAGUUUGUUUGUGAGUAAUGUAUAAGUUACAAUGUUGAAUCCUGACAUAGUCCGUAUAUUUACUGAUGGUACUAAUGCUCUCAUGGAUAUGGUGAUGUAAAUUCAAGAAUGACAAAGCUAUCAGCAUACAUGUUUUAGUAGAUUUUGUUUGUAUAAAGUACUAGUGAUUCUAAUUUGGACUUCACAAGUUGUCUGAUUUACAUCAAUGUUUGUAUUUUAAUUGCAUAGCCUAUAGUUAAAAACAUACAUUACAUCUUGGCUCUAAGAAUAUUACAGAUUCUCAUACAAUGUCAAGAAGUGUAUUUGUGACUAUUUGUUUGCUGAAGUACUAGUCAAUAAUUAUUGUAUUGAAACACAUAAUUCUAUUAUUUAAUGGGAGCUUGGAAACCUAUCACUUUUUAUUUGUUAAUCAGUGACUUAAACUCUAAACUAUUGUGGAUGUAUGCAGUCUUCAGUUUGAAGUUGAAAAGCUCCCAUUUCUCCCAUUUAUCUGUAUAACUCAACAUGAUUAGUAUUGCCUAGUAUUUAAACCAUUGUAUUUCCCCCAUAAGUGAUAUUUUAUAGCCUAGCACAUGUUUUUAAACUUUGUAAUUAUUUUAGAUUAAUCGUGUGAGCUCACACCACAUAGCCUACUGAUUAUAAAUCAGUGUUAAUACUAUGCACAAGAUUGCUACUUGUGAGCUCCAGUGACAUGAUAAUGUAGACAACACAUGAUAAUAUUGAUGUUUAGAAAGUUUUCAACAUUUUUGAAAAUCUUUAUUACAAGAAAAUCUUUAUUACAAGAAGAGAUGUAAUUUAAGUAUAAAAAAGUUUAGGGUUGAUUUCUAUGAUAGUGAAAAUGUAACUCAUAUAGAUAUGGUAUGUGUAUUAAUGUGUAUGCCUCAGCAUUAAGUUUUUGCUCAGGGUAACAUAUUCACAAAAACAAACAUCAGAUCACAUGGCAGUUUAUGCUGUCUGAUCAAACAUCCAAAUACCAAGUUUUGUGAAUCAGACAUUUAAAAAAAAAACAGCAAAGAAAAUGUUGUUUUUUUUUUAUUACUUUCCUCUAGGACUGGUGAGAGUUUGGUAUUUUGUAACAAUUUUUUCAGCUGGUGAGUGUUUAAUAUUUUGUUAGGCUAUUUACAACUGUCGUUUUGUAAUUUAUAAAGGCUUUUUAUGACUUGUGAGUUUUUUGGUAUUUUGUUAGGCUUUUUUUGACUGGUGAGUGUUUGGUAUUUUGUUAGGCUUUGAGAUAAGUGAAAAUGAUAGAUACACCUGAAGUUACUACUAAGUUCUACCAAUUCUCCAAUUAUUUGUCUGUCUCUAAAAUCACCUAUUGCAUCUGUUCACAUUAAUUUUACUUUUCACUGUCUGUUCUUAUUCAUAUGUUGGAAAUGUCCCAAUGUCAUAAAAAAAUUAGUUCAGUAUUGAAACUAAAUCUGAUUGCAAAAUUUAAUAAUAAUGAAUUUCUACAAUUCUCUUCUUCAUUAUUGUACUGAAUGGUAGAAGAGACCAAAUAAUUUUGUUUAAAGGUAAUCAAGAUUUACCACAUAAACUGUUGGGUCUACAAAUCAAUUUCUAUGUUUCAUAUUUUGAAAAUUAAAUGAACAAUACUCUUUCACAGAUUCAAGAGUUUGGUAGCUGCAUUAUCAUAUCUCCCAUGUGGAUGUAUUACUAUCCUAAUUAGAUCUAUAUCAGAACUUACCAAUCCUUACAUGAACAUUUCUCUUAAAGUGUUCUUUUUGUACUGAACCAUUUUUCAGAUGAUAUUUUAUGAAAACUCAUUUUUAACUGGCUCCGAAAUUUUGAUUAUGGUAUGUAAGAAUUUGUGGUAUCAAGAUGUCUCUCCUUUUUUUUUUUUUUUGACUUUAUAAAAGUUAAACACAUCUUAUCAAGCACUCCAGUCAUAGUUAAGAAACUAUUUUGAUGGAAGCUUAACGAUGAUUUGGUUGUUUCCAUUACCGGUUUCAAAUGUUUGUUUCUUUUAUUUACUACUUGAACUAACUGCUCUCUACUUGAUUUGAAAAAAAGCUCCCAUUGAAUGAGGUGUAUUUAUUUGAAUUGCAUUACCUUUUGUAUAUGUCACUAAACAGAGAAUGAAUGAACUGUAUAUAUAGGGUAAUGGGCAAAACGUUUUUUUCUGUUUUGCUUAUUUGUUUUUCAUUAUAAUUUUACUUUUACAUUACAAUUUGCCAUUAAAUGUGUCAGAGCAAUAUUUUUUUUUUUAAAUUGCUGAUUGCACAUUAUGAAUUCUUUAGAGUUAUCUUUAGUUUGACUGUUAUGUGUUUUUUGGUCCUAGUAGGCCAGAAUUAUUAGGCAGCGUUAGUUAUUUAUGAAAUGCCUUGCUCCAGUAAUGAUUUUCGUCCGUCAUGACUUAUGGCAUUGUGGGGGCUGUGCCAAGGAUUUCUGUGCUUAGGUGAAGCAAAGGACAUCUAUUUGUGCUUGGAAUGUUAGAUACUGAGCAUUUUCAGUAUCUGAUUCAAAGAGAUUUCUUUUCCAUUGCAUCUCUUUUGAUCUGUUUCAGUGUAUCUGCUGGUUUUUAGCGGCCCUCGAAAGGGAAAUAGCCGCUAUUUGUUUUGUGUGGUCUGUCUCUCCAUCCAUCCCGUUUAGAUCUCAUAAACUAUUUUUAAAAUCAACUAUGCCAGCAUUUGUUUCAUUAAAAAUACACCAUUUUUACAGCUAUUCACUAUUAAUAGUAAAAAAAAAAAAAAAAAAAACUCAAAAAAA